AUAUAUACUCGCAUUACCACAUAAGCACCAACAAGUCGAGACGCUGCCUCACAUUCCAUACACGGCGCAACACCGCUAGACGACCAUCUCAGCCAGAACAAGGAGAAUACCAUUUCACCACAAUGGGUAAGGAUUACUACAAGAUUCUGGGCAUCGAGAGGAAUGCGUCCAGCGAAGACGUCAAGAAGGGAUACCGCCGGAUGGCUCUCCGCUACCAUCCGGACAAGAACGACCAUCCGCAGGCCGAGGAGCAGUUUAGGGAGGUGGUGGCCGCCUUCGAAGUGCUCUUUGAUAAGGAAAAGCGCGAGAUAUACGACCAGCACGGCGAGGAGGGUCUCAAAUGUGAUGACGAGCCUGCUGCGACCUUCGCCCAGCCCACGCCAGACAUGCUCCCCUUCAUGUGCGCCGUCGGAGGAACCGUGCUCUUUGCGUUCGCCGCCUACAAGACAUUCCAGUUCUUCAACCGGAAAAAAGAGGCUACCCACGGCGAUGGAUCCUCCUCGGACUGAGCUAAGGAUCCAAGGGCUUGAUGAAGCAAUCUCGGGUACCUAGCGUUCUUCGCUGAAUAGUCUUUAAGAUUAAUUUAUAGGAACUUAAUUAUUGACUGUUUAUCUAAUGAAUCCUGCGUUACUUAUUGAUUAAUUUAUUUAUUUAUUUAGUAAGAUAAAUAAAAAUUAUGGAAUUCGUCCGACUGUUGCUCG